CAGAGCUCCCAGUACACAUGGAGGGAACUAGAGGGAGAGCAGCCCAGCCUAGGCUCCCGAAGCAAGGGGCGGGACCGGAGGAGGAGUAUGUGCUGGAGAAGAACCCCGCCUCCCACCACUCUCGCCCGGCAGACGAUCUAGGCAUGCGCAACAGACCACCCGGGUCUCCGAACUACACUUCCCAAAAGGCUGUUCGGCAUGUCGACGGAUUCCGGGCCGAGUUCCGUCGCGGUUGCCACGGAGACGUUACUUCCGCUCCCUCCCGGAUUCUCGUCACCCUCUGCACUCGCGGCCGCCUCAGCUCAAUUCUAUCCUCGGCCGCCGCCGUCGCCGCAGUCCUAGCCCUGGUACGGGGCCAGAGGGCGCCGUCUGCUCCCCAGAUUUGCCUUGGAAGCCCCCGGCCUCCUGCUGCGGGCGAGGGUGAGGAAGAGGAGGCCAUGGCCCCGGUGCUCCUGACAGCGAAGGCCUGCCAGGAAUCAGUGACGUUCAAUGACGUGGCCGUGGACUUCACCCAGGAGGAGUGGAGGCACCUGGACCCUUCUCAGAAGGACUUGUACAGGGAUGUCAUACUGGAAAAUUACAGGAACCUGGUGUGCCUGGGACUUGCAGCCUCCAAACCAGAGGUGAUUGACCAGCUGGAACGAGGGGAAGCUCCUUGGAUGCCGGAGGGCAACGUCCCUGGAGGCGCCUGUCGGGAUUCCGAACCUGAGCCAGGAACCGCGGAGCCCACUCCAAAGCUGGACCCUGUCACGGGGCGACUGCCGGGGCGUGGUCCUCCUGUCUCCAUGCUAGGAGACGCCUGGGGAAGGGCUGCUGGAGGAGAGAUGGAGCAGAUCAGGCAGGCGAGAGCCCCGCAGAGGACGCCUCCGAGGGAAGAGCCCGGGGAGGAGUGGAGGUCUGGCGACAGCUUCAGAACGGGGUCCGCCCUGCUUCCCCAGCAGCAGGUCUCUGUGGUCGAGACUCUCUAUAAAUGCGGUAUACACAGAAGGAGUCUCAGUCUGUGUUCAGACCUCAGUAAAGGUGGUGGAAUCUGCCCCAAGAAGAUACUUUCCAAGCAGAAGGAAUGUGGAAACUCCUUUAGUUGCAAUUCAGGUCUUUCUGAGUAUCAGCCAAGGCAUCCCGAAGAGGAACCUUGUGGGUGUCAUGAGCUUGGGAAGGCCUUCCACCAGACCGUUCACAGCAGAGAGAAAUUCCCAAGUCAGAGGCCUCGUACUGAAGAGAGGCCGUACGAGUGUCCCGAGUGCGGGAGGGCCUUCCACCACGUCUCCUCUCUCAACUCCCAUCAGCGGACGCACACUGGAGAGAGGCCGUAUGAGUGUAAUGAGUGUGGGAAGGCCUUCUGCCGGAGCACACACCUCAUCGAGCACCAGACCAUUCACACUGGGGAGAAACCUUACGAGUGCAGCGAGUGUGGAAGGGCCUUCCGCCAGAGCGCACAGCUGACGCGACACCAGAGGAUUCACACCGGAGAGAAACCUUACAAGUGUCAUGAAUGCGGCAAGGCCUUCAACCACAGCUCUUCCCUUACCUCUCAUCACAGGAUUCACACUGGAGAGAGACCCUAUGAAUGUAAUGAAUGCGGCAAGGCCUUCAACCACUUUUCUUCCCUUACCUCCCAUUACAGGAUUCACACCGGAGAGAAGCCCUAUGAGUGCAGCAUCUGUGGCAAGGCCUUCUACCACAGCUCCUCACUCACGUUCCACUCCAGAAUUCACACGGGCGAAAGACCGUACGAGUGCAAUGACUGCGGGAAAACCUUCAAUCACAUUUCCUCUCUCAUUUCCCAUCACCGAAUUCACACGGGAGAGAAACCUUACGAGUGCCAUCACUGCGGGAGGGCCUUCCGCCGGAGCACACACCUCAGCCGACAUCAGGUCGUGCACACUGGAAACAAACUCUGAGUGAGGGCGGUGGGGAGAGCCCGUGGCUCCUGACGGUCGGGAUCCGUCCCGCAGAGGCGCCUUGCGAGGCAAAACCUCACGAACGUAAUGAAUGUGAGCCAGACUUCGGGGGGUACCCUUGAUUGAGAAUUAGUCCGCAGGUGAAGCAUGUGUUCAUCCUAGCCUGAGGCCUUGGUUUUUCCAAACCUUUUCUUCUCUCAUUUCCCUGCCAUCUCUGCCCUAGGCUUAGACUACCCAGACCCCGAAAGAAGAGCUGGUGAUUUGAGAGGCACUCUUUGCACUUCGCUUUUGAAAAUUCUCAGGUCUUCAAGUCUUCUCCCUUCUGCUCAAGCUAUACCCUGGAUCCAUCCUUCCUGCCAGUUUCACCAGGACCUGACCCUAACGCACUCCCCGCUCUCAUGAACCUUUAAUGUUUUUUCCAGUCUCAUCCCAUUGGCCUAGGGUACUUCAAAAACAAAGGAAUGCAAGGGUGGCCCUCCAGCCCUCCGCCGCCCAUUGGACAGCGGGCCUGUCUCAUUGCCACACUUCCUGUAAAAGUGGCUGAUGUCACCCUAUGUAUUCUGAACCCCUCGAAAUCUGUUUUCUCCCAAGACCUGCACUGCAUCUUCUGUAUCACAUUCAAAGCGCCCUCUGAGUCGUCUGUCCCAAGGGCUCUUUCCCUGGUCUUCAUCUUUCGUCUCCUUUGACUCCAAGAAAGAGGCUGUGCUCUUUUCCUCUUAGAUGCUCUCUCCUCCUUCUGCGUCACAGCAUCUUUCACUUCUUUCUCCUUUGCAGAUUUCUCCUUUUGCCAACCCCCAAGGUUUUGGAAUCUCAUUCAUUCCCAAGGCUUCUGUGUCAUCGUUAGGAAGUGACCACACACACACACACACACACUCACACUCUCUCUCUCUCUCUCACACCCACACCACCUCAGGUCAUUCAUCAGAGUCAUUCGUGGCUUUUGUUUGAUUUCCUGUCACUGGUAUCCCAAUUCAUGCUGUCUCAUAUUUGAAAACUUUGUUAUUAUUAUUUUUAUUUUUAUAUUUUUAAAUUAAUAAUUGCCGUUGUAAUACGUUCAUUUCUAAAUGCAUCCCUCCCCUGCCUCCUGUGCUGGAGAUCCUUCCCUUGCCGCCAAACCAGCCCACGCGACAGUGUGCAGAAUCCAUUCCCACCGCAGAGAGGGGAAGAGACACCUCUUCUCUCUUCUUUGGGGCCAAGCUUGGCCAUCGAAUCGUGCCGAUUUCAGUGUGGAUUUCUGGGGGUGCCUUUUCCCCUUCUGUUUACAUUGCUGUGAUCACUGUGCUCUUGUUUUGUUCUUCUGUUCACUUUGUGUCUGAUUAUUUCAUGCAUCUCAUACUUCUCUGAAUUCUUCAUGUUUAUUGUUUUGGCGCAGUAGUGUUCUUUGUUUAGCCAUUCCUCCAAUUAAUGGGGGUUUUGUUUCCAAUUCUUUGCUACUACAAAAAGUGUUAAUAAACCUUUUGGUAUA